AUGUCGUGGGAGAACUACGAUCCGUGUUUCCCCGAUCAGCCGGUGGUCGACCUCUACCUCCCGAUAUGGGCAACCCAGCCCGCUUUCCAAUCCAAGCCUGCUUUCAUUUGGGCCGCCGCCGACGAUUCCGCUCAAUCCACCAUCGCAUACUCCUGCAUCACAUACUCUCAGCUCAACUCCUCGGCCCAAUCCAUUGCAAACAAACUCCUCUUCCCUCUUCAGAGAGGCAACACUCUCCUCGUCCUUUGCUCUCCUGGAUUAGUCCUCGCCAAGAUCCUCUUUGCUUGCCAGCGUGCAGGUGUCAUUGCCAUCCCCGUGGUCCCUCCGAAAACCUCAUCAUAUCAUCACUUAUCGAGGGUCAUCAACCAGACCAAGCCCAAGGCUGCUAUCGUCGAUGAUGACUGCAUCUCCUCGAUGGCUGAAUCCUACCCAGAAAUCUUAUGGCUCUCUGUGGAGAGCCUGGACGAGAACUCACAUGAAAUGUAUCGUAGUGAUAAUUACGCUGGGUGCCGACCCCAUGAGCCGUACCUUGUACAAUACACAUCAGGCGCCACUGGGAUACCAAAGCCGGUCGUCGUGACUGCUGGAGCCGCAGCGCACAAUGUCAGAGCAGCGCGCAGAGCAUAUGAUCUCCAUCCGAGUAGCGUGAUCACGUCGUGGCUGCCACAGUACCAUGACUGCGGCCUGAUGUUCCUUCUUUUGACAAUUGUUUCCGGUGCGACGUGCGUGCUUACUUCUCCAGCUGCUUUCUUGGCCCGGCCUCGUCUCUGGCUGGAGCUUGUCUCCGAGUUCAAAGCGACAUGUACACCAGUGCCAUCCUUCGCUCUGCCACUGGUGAACAAGAGAGGCGGGAUCGAUAAUGGAGAUUUGUACCCGUUGAGGCCUGGGGAAAAAAGAAGCUUUGCGGAAGCCUCGAUCUUAAUUGAACGAGCGCGAUAUUACAUCGCCGUUGAUGAGUUUAUUGAUGAAUUCAAGCGUGUUGGGUUAAACCCAUGUUCAAUCUCUCCAUCGUACGGGCUCGCGGAGAACUGCACAUUUGUCUCCACAGCUUGGCGGCAAACGAGCAGUUCAAACGUGCCGGCUUACAACAAGCUCCUGCCUUCCGCAAUGCUCUCAUUUGAAGAAGAAGAAGAUAUCAGCAUUAUCAUAGUCAAUGAAGAGACGUUCGAGCCAGUCGAAGACGGAGUCGAAGGAGAGAUAUGGGUCUCUUCUUCGAGUAAUGCGGUGGGCUACCUCGGAUACCCGUCCUUAACACGAGAAAUAUUCAAUGCCAGGCUCAUUGGAGUGACUGGCCUCCGUUUCAUAAGGACAGGCGAUAGAGGAGUCAUCAAAGGUGAAGACCGAUACCUCUAUGUGACUGGCCGUUCCUCUGAUGUAAUCAUAAUCGAUAAUCACCGAGAAAACAUUCACUCUCACUACCUGGAGACAGCGGCGUACAGGAGCAAUGCAGAGCAUCUAAGAGGCGGAUGCAUUGCGGCGUUUGCGUUGGCAAAGAUGGCGGUCGUGGUGGCAGAGGUGCAGAAGGGAGGAAGAGAUGGUGGUUGUUUUAGGAGGAUAUGCGAGGGGAUAAGAGAGGGUGUGAUGAGGGAAGAGGGUGUGAGAGUUGGGAGGGUGAUGUUAGUGAAGAGUGGGAGUUUGCCAAAGACAAGUUCUGGCAAGCUUAGAAGGUUUCUAGCGAAGGAGAUGGCGGCGAGGGGAAGGUUUCAAGUGGUUUACGAGGCUUGGUUUGAGGAGCCUGUGGAGAAUUUGAAGGUAAAUGUUGAAGAGAUUGGUGAGGACGGCGAAGGUUUGGAGUUGGCCGGUGCCCGUCACCGGCUGCAGUUGCAGUCCUUAAUGUGA